AUGUCGUCGGCCUCGCCAUCGAAGGAGCCGGAAGUUGACCCCGAGGUUCAAUCGGGUGAAGAGCAGGACCAAAUGGACAAAGACCAGCACGAUCUUGCCAUGCAGGGACACGAGUUUGAAGUGAAAGAGCAAGAUCGGUGGCUUCCGAUUGCAAAUGUUGCCCGCAUUAUGAAGUUGGCCUUACCUGAAAAUGCGAAGAUUGCAAAGGAAGCCAAGGAAUGCAUGCAAGAGUGCGUGAGCGAGUUCAUUUCGUUUAUCACCAGUGAGGCAUCCGAGAAAUGCCAGCAGGAGAAACGCAAGACCGUCAACGGCGAGGACAUUUUGUUUGCUAUGACUUCUCUUGGGUUUGAGAACUAUGCCGAGGCCCUUAAGAUUUAUCUUUCCAAAUAUCGCGAGACCCAAUCCGCGCGUGGUGAGAACCAAGGUCGACCUACUAGCAGUGGCUAUGGCGCUGGUGGUGCUGCCCAGGGACGCCCAGCCGGGUUUCCUGAAGCUGGCGAGGGUGGUAACAGCAUCUUGAAUCCUGGCUUGGACCCCUCAGAAGAUGCUGCUGCCUAUGGGUACCCUCCCAUGGUGGGUCAGCCGCAUAAUGGCGCGGGCGGCGACUCGUACUAA